GUUUUUAAGGUUUUACCGCGGCAGCAGAAGCCAGGGAUGACGUGACGUCGGAAUACACGAUUCUGUUUUAACUGUAAAAGGUGUACCGUUGCAGCAGGAGCCAGCGAUGUGGCCUUGGAGUUUCUUGAAACGGGCCUUUGUCCUGUUGCUGUGCAUAGCAGUGUGUUAUCAACUAAAAACGAUCUGGACUUACUUUAACAAGCACCUUUCCAAGUCCAACGCCGCUACGACCAAACCGCUCCCAAUACUAGAGUCAAGCGUUACCAAAGACAAAAUCAUCUCACCUCCGAAAGAAGAAACGUCCAUACAUGUUCAUUAUUAUCGGAAACCAGUAUCAGUAUCUUUACAAGCGUUCGCAAGAUGUGAUCACAAAUGCCACAUGACAGACGGAGACACAGUGAACAAGGACGCCGCCGUCACAAUUGUACAUGGUCCCUAUAUUACUGCAGACUGGAAAGUGCCUCCAAAGCCACCAGGACAAAUAUGGGUGUUUCAAGCUAUGGAACCUCCUAUUGGCGUUCAGGGAACUCUACAAAAAUGGCGAGGUUUAUUUAAUUGGACGAUGACGCAUCGACGAGAUUCGGAUAUUUUCUCGCCAUAUGGCUCUUUCAUGAAAAUCCCGAAAUAUUCAAAUGUGAAGUUGUCUCCUCUGAAAUGGGAAUCAAAGGACCGUCAGGCGGCAUGGUUUGUAUCUCAUUGCCAAACUGUGGGAAAACGAGAGCUGUACACGAAAAAGUUAGCUAACAGUGUAGAUAUUCAUAUUUAUGGCGGCUGUGGUGAUUAUAGCUGUCCUCGGGCGCAAGAGAAGUCAUGCCUCGGUGAGCUGGACCAACACUAUAAAUAUUACCUCGCAUUCGAAAAUUCUUUUUGCGAUGGUUACAUAACUGAGAAACCGUUUAAAAUGUACUGGAAUGACCUUUAUACGAUCCCAAUCACACGUGGAUUGACGGAAAGGUAUGACAUGUUCUUACCGCCAGGCUCAUUUCUUAACACCGAUGAUUUUCCAUCGAUUGAGAAAUUAGGGGAAGAAAUGAACGCGAUUUCUAAGAAUAAAUCAAGGUUUGAAAGUUUCUUUAAUUGGAGGAAAUAUUACGUUACUGAGGAAAUCGAUUUGUUUUACUGUGACCUAUGUCGUAUGUUGCAUUAUCCUGACAAAUAUCGACGUGUGUACGAUAAGAUAGAGGACUGGGUCAUAGGUCAUCCUGACCGAAGGGCGUGUCGGGAUCCCAAGGAUAUCAAGUAGUAUGCACAUCAUCGUAGUCUUACUAUUGUGCUUUAUUUAACGUAAACACGGUGCCUGUAUUGUAUUUCAAGGAUGUAAUAGCAAAUCUGAACUAAACAUAACCUGGCUUUUUGAGCAAUGCAUUUUUUUCUUUUUAAAUUUUACCUUAUAUCAUAUGACCUUAUGUAUUAUUUUUUUUUGAUAAACAUACGUUAUUUAACAGACACCCACAUGACUAAAUUAUACAACAA